UUUUUGACCAAUGAUAACUUUAGUUUCUUUGCACUGACUGUAACCUGUCUAUGUUGGAGCUGCUAAUAUUGGAGAAGACUUAUUACCAUCACUUUCCCGAGAUGACAUCCGAGAUCUGUUUCCAGGUGUUGAACAUUUCUUGAGGCGCAGAGCUAUUUGGCUUGUUGUGAAUAAAGAUGACAAGGUCAGUUCAGUCUUUCACAGUAUGACAGAACACCUGUCAGUAUAACUGAUUUUCCAUUAUCACAGAAAUGUUAAUGUUAAGUCUCUAUACAUGGUAUUUCAUUAUUUUACAUAUUUCUGCUUUUAUUCUCUUACAACUCUAGACAUAUUAAAAAAAAAUCUGUUUUAAAAGUAAUUAAAAAAGAUAAUGCAUACAUAAUGAGUAGGCAGUUAUUAUAAAGUUUGUGUAAAUAUAUUUCAGGCCAAUACUGAUAAGGAAAUUCAGCAAUCAGCCCCGAAGGCAACAGCAGUUCAAACGAAGAGGCCAAUACCUCUAAAUUUGUGACUGUAACCAACCCAGAGUACAUACUCUUCACAGACAGUGAGCUUGAGCAGGUGCGACGCUCCUACUUUGAGCAAAAACGGCUGGGUAAAGAGCAGGGUUUGGCCUUAUCCAAGGAGCUUUUCUGCCGACUCAUAAGAAACACUAUGACUAAUAUGAUUUCUAUCGCAAGAGCCACAGAGGAUCCCAGAUACCCCACCAAACAUGAGGUGAAUAUCAUGGCAAAGCGGCUGGUGGAGUACUAUCCAAUGAUAAAAGACAGGUCAUCAAAAAGUGAAUGGGAGCAUGUUGCUAAAAAGCUCAUGAAGAGACUAUCAAAUGUCAAAAGUCCAAGAAUGUAUAAAGGUCCUCCUUCAAAGAAACCUCGACAAGAUGUGGAAGUCAGUGUUUCAUCCACUGAGUAUGAUGGAGAUUCCAGUGCAUCCACUAUUACUCUGGAACGGUCACCCGUUAGUCCCAAGGGCAUCCCAGUGUCACAUAGAACUAGCACCCCAAUGCAGAACCAGGAUAGCAGUGAUGAAGCAGCUGACUGCGUGGACAGCCAGAAAACCCAAGCAAGACACUACAGGACUCUUCAAGAAAUGUACAAGUCCAAAAAGCCAAACAAAGCUGCAGUAACUCAUUUGCUGAACCUGGAAUUUGAGUCUCGUAGGCGAUUCAUCGUCUCUGAUGUUUUAAAGGAGCAUGACAGACCAACAAAGGUUCUGGAGGCUUACCCGUGCUUCCGAGAACUCGAUCACAUGAGGGAGAAGUUGGAGAAAAUGACCACACUGGCCCAGGAAAACAUGGCAGCUUCACAACAUCAGCAAAGAACGUGGUAUGAUCGAUCUGCACGUGAAAGGAGUUUUAGCCCAGGACAGAAAGUGCUGGUAAUGUUGCCUACCAAGGAGAGCUAAGCUAAAAUCAUUCCUUGGGAUGUCAGGGUGGUACCACAAGUUUAUACCAAACUUCUCUACUAGAGCUGCUGUGCUUACAGAUAUGACCAGCCUAAAGGGCCCAAGUCAGCUGUGUUGGACCGAGGAGGCUAAGGAUGCGUUCAAGGACAUUCAGCAAGCACUAGGCCGGUGUCCUGUGCUGCAUUGUCCUGAUUUUUAGCAGCCUUUUAUUCUACAAACUGAUGCCUCAGGUCGUGGGUUGGGUGCAGUGCUCCUCCAGGAACAUCAAGGGUGCCGUCAUCCUAUUGCUUUUAUAAGCAGGAAUCUUUAUCCGCGGGAGGUGCGAUACUCCACUAUUGAGAAGGAGCGUUUGGCCGUGAAGUGGGCAUUGGACUCUCUAAGGUACUACCUUUUAGGGAGGAAGUUUAUCCUGGAGACUGACCAUAAAGCCCUGAUAUGGUUGGAAAGGAUGAAAGACACCAACAGCAGGAUAACACGCUGGUAUUUGGCCAUGCAGCCUUUCCAGUGUGAGAUCCAUCAUGUGCCAGGCAAGAUGAACAACACGGCGGACUACUUGUCUCGCUGUCCCAGAGAGACUUCAGAGGAGGGGGAGUGUGUGACGGUCACCCCGCCACAGUGAGUUUAAUGUGUUACCUUUCUGUGUUCUGGGGAUUCCUCCUCCGGGUGGAAAGAGCGGGCGCCACCUAAGCAGGGCUUAAAUACCACAACCAGGAAGCGGAGGAGGCCAACUGCGCGUGCCUGGAGGGGGAAUCUGCCGCUUAUGAUUUCAUUAUUAGGCUUAUGUUGGGGAUUUGCUUAAUGGGAGUUACUUAAGUUGUUACGUUGUUUAUUGUGUAAAUAUUAUUCGUGUUUAAUCUUGUAUUUGUAUUUAGUUUAGUGGUUGAGGUUGAUUGGCGGUUUAUUUCUGUUACCUUCUUUGAGCUGUAGGCUAGCCUGUGUCUUUAUAAACCCCUGGUUUGUGUGACAUGGAGGUCAGUUAUUAUUGGUUUAAGUGGUAGUUGCUGUCUGUUUAGUUGACCUCAAUUCAAGUUAAAGGGCCCGCUUAGAACUGUUAUUUAGGUUGAAUUUUGUGACCCUGGAGUUGUAGUAUUGUGAAUCUUGAGUAUUUGUUAAUAAAUUAUAUUUUUUGUUGGAUUCA